GGUCCGGGGGAAGAUGGCGGCGUCCUCGCUGGAGCAGAAGCUGUCGCGGCUGGAGGCGAAGCUGAAGCAGGAGAACCGCGAGGCGCGGCGCCGCAUCGACCUCAACCUGGACAUCGGUCCCGCCCGCGCGCGGCCCAGUAAGGGAGCAGCGGGAACCGGGAGAGAAAAACGGAGAAAAAACGGGGAAGCGCCCCCCCGGCCCCGGCAGAUGUUGGGGCUGCCCCCGCCCCCCUUCCUCAACCCCCGCAGCCUCGAGAGUAUCGAGAUCGAUCAGAAGCUGCAGGAAAUCAUGAAACAGACGGGAUACCUGACCGUGGGGGGGCAGCAAAUGCGUCGCUCGGGGAACCGCGAGGAGAACAAACGGAUCCUGAUGGACCUGGACGUGGUGCUCAAGAGCCACGACUGCCCCUACAUCGUGCAGUGCUUCGGCACCUUCAUCACCAAUGUGAGACAUGGGGACAUUGGGGACAUCCUGGGGACAUUGGGGGAAAAAUUGGAGAAAAAGAUCCAGGGCCCCAUCCCGGAGAGGAUCCUGGGGAAAAUGACCGUGGCUAUCGUGAAGGCGCUGCUGUACCUCAAGGACAAGCACGGCGUCAUCCACCGCGACGUGAAGCCGUCCAACAUCCUCCUGGACGAGCGGGGUCAGAUCAAACUCUGCGACUUCGGCAUCAGCGGGAGACUGGUGGAUUCCAAAGCAAAGACACGGAGUGCAGGGUGUGCAGCGUACAUGGCGGUGAGCGGUCACUCUGUGGUCAUUCGGUCACUCAGGGGUCACUCAGGGGUCACUCAGGGGUCACUCAGGGUCACUCAGGGGUCACUCAGGGUCACUCAGGGUCACUCAGGGGUCACUCAGGGGUCAUUGGUGGAUUCCAAAGCCAAAACACGGAGUGCCGGGUGUGCGGCGUACAUGGCGGUGAGCGGUCACUCAGUGGUCAUUUGGUCGGUCUGGGGUCACUCAGG